AUGGGUUCAGUAGAUGUCAUCGGUCCUCUUUUCCAGCCUCUGCGCUUGGGCGCUCUUUCUCUAAGCCAUCGUGUUGUUCAAGCUCCCUGCACGCGCAUGCGUUCGACUAAGGAAUCGGAGGGUGUUUUUGUUCCGAAUGAUCUCAAUGUUGAAUAUUAUUCUCAGCGUGCUUCAAAGGGCGGGUUGAUGCUGACGGAAGCGACUCCUAUUAGCAGAUUGGCUGCCGGUUACCCAGGUGUCCCUGGUAUCUUUACCCCCUCGCAAAUCGCCGGCUGGAAGAAGGUCACCGAUGCAGUGCACGCCAAGGGUGGUUUCAUUCUGUGUCAGCUUUGGCACGUUGGUCGGGCUACCGUUCCUUCUUUCAUUGAGGGCAAGCAGGCUGUUAGUGCGAGCGAUAUUCCCAUCAGUGGCAAUGGCUUGGACGGCACUGAAUAUGCGGCUUCGCCUCCUCGCCCGAUGACCGUAGAGGAGAUCCAGGAAAUCAUCAAGGAGUAUGCGGCUGCUUCUAAGCGGGCCAUUGAGGCUGGGUUUGACGGUGUGGAGGUACACGGUGCCAAUGGAUACCUUCUCGACCAGUUCCUCCACGAUAACGUUAACACUCGUACUGACGAGUACGGCGGCUCGAUCGAGAAGCGCUCUCGUAUUGUCCUCGAGGUUCUCGAGUCAUGCGCGGCUGCUAUCGGCGCCGACCGCGUGGGCAUUCGUCUAUCCCCAUACAACUACUUCCAAGACACGCGCGACUCCAGCCCCAAUGCCAACUGGCAAGUGCUGUGCUCGAAGAUCGCUGACCUCCCGGCCGAGUCUCGCCCAGCCUACGUGCACAUGGUCGAGCCCCGCUUCGACGAGGUUCUCGACGAGAGCGCAAAGAUCGAUUCGCUCGCCGUAGAUAAGCCGUCGCUGGAUGUAUUCCGUCCCACACUGAAGAAGGGCGGAAUCUCAUUCCUGGCUGCUGGUAACUUCAAUGCGACGAACGCCGGACCAAAGCUGGUUAGUGACGGAGCGGACGCGGUUGUUUUUGGCCGUUACUUCAUCUCCAACCCGGAUUUGCCUCGGCGGUUGAAGGAGGGCUUGCCCUUGACCCCCUACGAUCGGUCGACAUUCUAUGGGGCCGAGCCUCCGCAGAAGGGAUACACAGACUACCCUUUCUACGAAUGA